GUUAGAUACUUCUGAUCUGGACAGUCUGACGAGAGGAUAUUACAAAGACGAGGAGAAGCUUCUUUGGAGCAAAGCUCAAACAAUUGGACUAUUCUUUUGCAUUUUCCUAUCAAGGAUCUUAGAACAAGCAAAGCCUGCAAUCAUGCCCGUGUCAAGGAUGAGGAUGAGGCCAUGGCUGGAGAAGAUGAUCGAGUCUAAGACGAUCUCGGGCCUGGAUUGGGUGGACAAGAACAAGACGAUGUUCUCCAUUCCCUGGAAGCAUGCAGCCCGACAUGGCUGGGAAAUGGAAAAGGAUGCAUGUCUUUUCAAAGAAUGGGCACUUCACACAGGAAAAUACAUUGAAGGUCAGAACUCGGACCCAAAGACAUGGAAAGCCAACUUCCGCUGUGCAAUGAACUCACUGCCUGACAUCGAGGAGGUGAAAGACAAGAGUAUUAACAAAGGCCACCAAGCAGUGCGCGUCUUCAGGAUGUUGCCUGCCACACCUAAAUCGAGAGAUACACGAAGACAAUCUAAGGAAGGAAAGCCAAGGAAGAAGUACCCAAUGGUAAAGCUGGAGGUGGAGGAGGACAACAGUGAUACCCAGACGUCUAUGCCAGCAGGCACUCUGUCCACUCAGGAGAACACAGUCGACAGCACAAUGCACACAGAGCAGCAAGAUGUUGCAUCUGGGUUUCCAUUUGAUGCUCCAGACUUCUCUGUGUCAGUUGAGAUCGGGACUGAUUUAUUCUCCCACAGAUUUGAAGUUUCCCCUGAACACGACACUGACUACGACAUAAACGACGACAUUAUCGAGAUUUGUGCACAACUGGAGAAAGAAUCCCAAUGGAUGACGAGCAGUUUAGACAGCAGGGGGUUCCUGUGCAAUGAAGCAUGCACCAGUCCAGGAAGCCAGUGGAGUGAGUCUUCCUCAGUCGACGAACUAGAAGACUUACCUCAAUACACAACUCUGGGCACAACCCACAAUUCCACAGACAUGGUCUGGAACAACUUCAGCCUGCUCCCCAGACUAUACUGAGGAAUAUGGGACGUGAUGGUGCUUUGUCACGUUGGACUUUUACAAAGCUUGUCCUAUCUACUGACUCCAAUUUGAUGCCUCCUUUCAGUUGACACAACAGUCCUCAUACUCAUCUUUGUCAUCAUCCUUCCGGCUUGUGAUGGGCGGUGUCCACAUUUUAAGCUAAAAACACCGCUCUCUCCUCACCGUUUGCCAUGUGCUUGAUGCUUGGCAGGCAGUUCAUCGAGCUUUCCUCAUCACCUCAAACCUUUCAGUGAAUCAAAAAGAAAACCCUGUGAAAUGCACUGCUGUGUUAAAA